AUGACGAAAGAACUAACCUUCGACAUCCGCUUCGCCAGCGUGCCGGCGUACGACCAGUUCGGGGGCGGGAAGGGUCUUGCAGAGAAGAUCCGCGACAUCUACAAGGGCAAAGGGCUCGAGAUCCCAGAUGACUUUGACUCGGCGCUAACGACGCCGCCGGUUCAUUACAUGCAGGUUCUCGCCUCGGACGAUGUCAAUGUCGAUGAGUUGAGGGAGGUCGAUGUUCCGGGCUGGCUGAAUAUUGAGAUCUUGGAGACCCAUGAUUAG